AUGAAUUGCUAUUGGAACAUCACAGCACCUCCUGGAAAACAAGUAGUAGUCAGAAUUGAUCAUCUGGAAAUGGAGUUCAACCCAAGUUGCUACUACGACUACCUGGCAAUAUUUGAUGGAAUUGGUGAAAAAGGAAGAAAACUUGCUCAAUUGUGUGGACAUUUAGCAAAUGACACUUUACCAGUUUUGAAAUCAUCUAAAAACACAAUGACUAUACACAUGAGGACUGAUCAUGGGGUUCAACUUAGUGGAUUUAUUGCUCAUGUUUUAUUUGUCGCAGGAGAGUCUCAAGGUUGUGGUGGUCUACUGAACAUAACAGACACAAAUCAGCAGUUUAUGCUAAAUCCUGGUACUCUGAUGAACUCCGAAGGAUAUUUAAAUAAUCUAGACUGCCACUGGUCGUUGAAUACAACGUUGGGCAAAAAUAUUAAAUUAGAAUUUCAGGAUUUCCAUUUGGCACCAUGUGUUAACCACACCAAUAAGGAUGCUGAGUAUAAAUGUAACUGCGACUACUUGGAGGUUCGUGAUGGUAGCACAGGAUUUGCACAACUUAUAGGAAGAUACUGUGGUCACAUGCUACCCGAUAUUGUCAUAUCAUCCACGAAUGCUUUGUGGAUACGAUUUGUGUCAGAUGGGGAACAUACCAGUUCAGGAUUUAAUGCUACCAUAAAAUCUAUACCAUCUUUGUGUGGUAAGAACGUCCUCGACGUUACCAAGUCGAGACAGAUCCUGACUGCUCCAGGUUUCCCGACAAAGUAUCCUCCUUCCUUAAGGUGCACCUGGUUGUUGACUGCGCCUACAGGUACCAGGAUAGACGUCCAUGUGGCGACUUGCGAUUUGCAAGAACCCGAUGCUGAUGGUGUGUGCAGUCGAGACGUUUUGGAGAUAUCUGAUAAACAGCAUUCUCAGUUUAUAUCAGAAGGCUUGGGGAAUGAUUUUGUUUUUGGAAAGGCUCCGAAAGAUAAUAGACCAUACGCGUUUGGAGGCAUGCCAAUAACUCGCCAUUUCUUAUGUGGCUCUUCGAAGCCUUUUGAUUAUUAUUCUGGAGAAAACGAAAUGGUCAUCAGCUUCAAAUCAGACAGUUCCAUCGAGAAGACUGGUUUUAAAUUGGAAUACUCAAUAGCAACUUGCACCAGAAACUUCUCCCACACCCAAGGACGUAUAAUGUACGACAAUGUCAAAGACGAUUGCACUAUUGUAGUCUCGGCUCCUGAAAAUAACACCUUAUCUCUGUACUUUAAUGCUCUAUUUAUGUACAGCAUGGACGAAAGUUGUGAAGACACCUAUUUGGAGAUUUACGAUGGUGAAGUCUCGACUUCCUUAAAAGUUGCAAGACUUUGUGGGUACGAAACUCCUGAUCCUAUUUUCUCAAAUUCGACGCAACUGAUUUUGAAGUCUCAUACUAAAAUGGACUAUGGCAGCUAUAAUUUUGAUAUCAUAUAUACUAGCACCGACCAAGGAAGAGGUUGUGGAGGAACCUUGUUCAACUAUGCAGGUCUCUUCUCGAGCCCCUUGUAUCCACAAAUUUACCGAAAGGCUGGUACUUGCACAUGGGACGUAUCAGUACCCAAUGGACUGGUUGUACUACUUAAAUUCUCAAUUUUCGACAUGGGUUCCUCGAGUACUUGUGCCAACGACUUCUUGGAAAUUGUAGAAAAGGAUCCUUUGUCAGGAACUGAUAAAACUGUUACCAGAUAUUGUGGAGGCUUAGUCGAAUUAAGCAUGUUUAUGAUCAAUAAUGAAAGUCGAAAACAAUGGUGGACUGGUUUGUCCUGGUGUGAUAUUACUCCAAUACAUCUUGAUCAACCUGCAGUGUACACGUCUUCCAGUAAUAACCUGAUGGUUCGUUACACAACAACCAUCAACAAUGGUGGAACUGGAUGGUUGGCUAAUUUUGUAGGCACUGCUGGUGCUAAACCUUAUGGUUGGUGA